CCGCACACUCUCAUUCUUGAGACGAAGCGUUUUUAUAUUAAGAAUACAAUGAGAUAGUAGAACGCUCUUAUUUUUCCUUCAACCAACCACCAUAAAGACAAACCGGACAUUUACAUAUAUUGCAAAUCACAACAUAUUGCAGAACGUAACUCUUAUCCAACAAUGGGAACCGUCAUCGACUCCCACUUUCUAGCUUUCACUGCCAUCGUCACUGUGGGAUAUCAGUUUCUGUUUUUCGUAGUUACUGCUCUUCUUAAGUUUGAUAAAGUUACCGACUUUGCUGGAAGUACUAAUUUUGUUAUAAUUGCUGUGUUGACUCUGGUUUUGAAAGGGACAUGGUAUUUCAGGCAGGUAGUCUUGAGCUUACUGGUGGUAAUGUGGGGUCUUCGCUUGGGAUUGUUUCUUUUAAUGAGGAUUUUGCAGUGGGGGGAGGAUAGACGCUUUGAUGAAAUGCGUAGUAAUUUGGGAAAAUUAGCAGUUUUCUGGAUAUUUCAGGCUGUGUGGGUUUGGACAGUGAGUUUACCUGUAACAGUGGUCAAUUCAAGUGAUAGAAAUCCUUCUCUUCAGGCUGUGGAUAUAAUUGGCUGGGUUAUGUGGUCUGUGGGGGUUUCAAUUGAAGCUGCAGCUGAUCAGCAAAAAUUGAUAUUCAAGAACUCUCCAGAAAAUAGAGGGAAAUGGUGCAAUGUUGGAUUAUGGAAAUACUCUCGUCAUCCGAACUAUUUUGGCGAGAUUUUCCUUUGGUGGGGAAUUUUUGUGGCUUCUACACCUGUGCUGGAAGCUGCUGAGUGGCUUGUAAUCCUUGGGCCAGUCUUUCUUACAUUGUUGCUUCUUUUUGUUAGCGGCAUACCAUUGCUUGAGGAAUCUGCUGACAAGAAAUUUGGCAACGUGGCUGCAUACAGGAUGUAUAAGAGGACGACUAGCCCACUCAUUCCGCUGCCCACCAUAGUCUAUGGGAACUUGCCUUCAUGGUUCAAAACAAUUUUCCUUUUUGAGUUUCCUUUAUAUAGUCGCAAUCUUCCAGUUGAGGGGACAACAUGGCAUUCACCACUUGUGCAAGGUGUAGAACAAGCGGAGGAGUCAUCGACGAGGGAUUGAAGACGAGUUAGAAUUUGAUUCUCUGGAGUUGCUCUAGUUUACAAAUCACCUUUAAGCUUUCAUUAAUUAAGCCUUAUCAAGUUAACUUUUUCCUUUUGUCUAUUUUCCUUGAUAGUUCAUUUUUCCCCUUUUGAUGUAUGUUAAUUGCAUAGUUCUCCCUCCACUUUGAUACUCAUUCUUGAAUGAAAGCUUUUGUGAUGCCCUUAAUUAGAAGGUGCUUUGUUAUA